CAUAGAAUAUAAAACGCUGACAAACAUGUCUUAUUUAGGCAACACUUCGGAUUUAGAAAGCGAAAAGAUGGAGUUCGGAAGAAAUCGUAAAACAAACAUUGUUUCAAAACUACAAGCGCAUAAAAUAUCUAGUGAACCUAAAUGGUCAAAUAAACACGAAGAUGAUUCCGACUCAGUAUCAACAAAUGAGAAUUUCUUGACUAAAGGUGCAUUUCUUCUAACACCAUCUUAUGAAUUGUCAAUGGAACGCGCUGCAUUAAUAUGUGAAAAGAUGAGUUUUAAAGGAUGCUUUAGUUUAACGAAAACAGCAAGUGGAAUUCUUUUCAAGUUUUCACAUCCUGACGACUAUCAAGCAGUUUACAAAAAGGGAUUUCACAAAGUCACAGGAGCCAGAUUUUAUCGAAAAAUUGCUAUACCUUGCCGUCCAAGGAAAACUUUCACACUUUACGUCUUAGAUGUUCCUGAAGAUUUGCCAGUAGAAGAUAUUCGACACGCAUUAUAUAAAUUUGAUUCUGUUGUGGAGGUAGUUCGACUACACAAAUACCAGAAUCCAACUCCUAUACAUUUUCCGGAAAAAAAUGUUGAUGCAUCAUCCGCUCCAAAAUCAGAUGGAACUGAUAAAACUGAACGUAUCGAAAAGAAAGAAUUGCCUCCUGCUGUUGUACGAGUGACACUUGCUUCCCUUGAUGAGUAUAAUAUAUUAUUACAAAAUGGCCUUAAUUUUUACGAUGCUACUUUUUUCCCAACGGAGACAAAUAUUUCAUUGAAAGGGGCUAAAAUAGAAUAUAAAAGAAGAAUGUUAGACGGAAGUAUUCCUGGUCGUGUACGUGAACUACUCCCUGUUUUUGACGCGGCAGGGUUUUGUAAAUUGACGCCUCCCAUUAGUAAACUAAUUAAACCACCAAGAGCCUAAAUAUACUAAAACAAUCAUCAAUGAAAUCAAUAUAAUAAAAUUUGUAGUAAAUGAUUUUAUAUAAAAUAACAUUUUAAAUCUUUAUAUGGCCAACGUAGUUCGAUAAAAAUUUUAACAGAAAACAUAAUCUUAAUAUAUUGAGAGAUUGACAAAAAGGCUUUACAAAGUCAGUCUACAUCAAAAACAAAUUUAUAUAAUAAGACAUAACAAUAAAGCAAACGGAUACAUUUUUUAUAUUAACCUAUUAAUAAGAAACGAAAUAAAUUGAAUAUACAAAUUUUU